GCUCCGUCAGUGCUGUUGCCGCUGCUGCCUUGUGCUGCUGCCUUGUUCUCAGCUCUGCCUUCCCACCGUGACGGGUGCGGAGGGAGGGGUCCCAUCGCCGCCUUCCCCGGAGCCCGGCGAUCUCUUCCCGUUCAUAUUGAGGCAAAGCCUAUUGAACGUAAAAUGGUUUUAAUAAAGAAAAAAAGGAACCGGGGAUGGAAAGGGCUUCUUUGUUCUGUCUUCUCCAGAACGUUACAAGUCUAAGAGCUCAGGACAAGAGCAGCAGAAAUACAUGCACCAUGGUGACUGGAACCCUCAGGACCUUACAAUAUGAAUAAUUCUCUGGAGAACACCAUUUCCUUUGAAGAAUACAUCCGUGUGAAGGCACGAACGAUCCCCCAGCACAGGAUGAAGGAGUUCCUGGACUCCCUGGCUUCCAAGGGGCCGGAAGCUCUGCAGGAGUUUCAGCAGACGGCCACCACCACGAUGGUGUACCAGCAGGGUGGCAACUGCAUUUACACGGACAGCACAGAGGUGGCCGGCUCUUUGCUUGAACUUGCUUGCCCUGUGACAACCAGUGUCCAGCAACAAACUCAGCAAGAGCAGCAGAUACAGGUUCAGCAACCCCAGCAAGUCCAGGUUCAGGUCCAGGUCCAGCAGUCACCGCAGCAGGUCUCCGCCCAGCAGCUCUCUCCGCAGCUCACUGUCCAUCAAGCUUCCGAGCAGCCCAUACAGGUCCAGGUGCAGAUCCAAGGCCAGGGGCAGCAGCAGGCGUCCCAGACAAUACAGAGUCAGUGUCUUCAGAGCCCCAGCCCGUCUCAGCUGCAGGCAGCUCAAAUCCAAGUGCAGCACGUGCAGACCGCCCAGCAGAUCCAGGCCGCGGAGAUACAGGAGGAGCACAUACAGCACCAGCAGAUCCAGGCACAGCUUGUGGCAGGACAGGCCAUUACUGGUGGUCAGCAGAUCCAGAUCCAGACAGUGGGGGCGUUGUCACCUCCACCUUCUCAGCAAGGCUCUCCACGAGAGGGAGAGAGGAGGAUCAGCACCGCCAGCGUCCUUCAGCCCGUGAAGAAACGCAAGGUGGAUAUGCCUAUUACUGUGUCGUAUGCUAUUUCAGGGCAGCCAGUUGCCACAGUGUUGGCCAUUCCUCAGGGCCAGCAGCAAAGUUAUGUCUCUCUAAGGCCAGACUUGCUAACAGUGGACAGUGCCCACCUGUACAGUGCCACUGGGACCAUUACUAGCCCCACGGGAGAGACUUGGACCAUCCCUGUUUACUCUGCUCAGCCACGUGGUGACCUUCAGCAGCAAAACAUAACCCACAUCGCCAUCCCUCAGGAGGCCUACAAUGCUGUCCAUGUCAGUGGCUCCCCAACGACACUGACCACAGUGAAGCUGGAAGAUGACAAGGAUAAGAUGGUGGGAAGUACUUCAGUAGUGAAGAACUCUCAUGAGGAAGUGGUGCAGACUCUUGCUAAUUCACUCUUUCCAGCGCAGUUCAUGAAUGGCAACAUCCACAUUCCAGUGGCAGUGCAGGCUGUGGCCGGGACGUACCAGAACACAGCACAGACAGUGCACAUAUGGGACCCGCAGCAGCAACAGCAGCAGCCCACACCCCAAGAGCAGGGGCAGCAGCAGCAGCAACUACAAGUCACUUGCUCAGCUCAAACUGUUCAGGUUGCUGAAGUAGAACAGCAGCAGCAGCCACAGACUUCACCUGAACUUCUACUUCCAAACUCUCUGAAGCCAGAAGAAGGGCUUGAAGUGUGGAAAAGCUGGGCACAGACCAAGAAUGCAGAGCUGGAGAAAGAAGCCCAAAAUAGGCUAGCACCUAUUGGAAGACGUCAGCUGCUGAGGUUCCAGGAAGAUCUCAUAUCUUCAGCUGUGGCUGAGCUGAAUUAUGGUCUAUGUUUAAUGACACGAGAAGCACGGAAUGGUGAUGGUGAACCGUAUGAUCCAGAUGUGCUCUACUAUAUCUUCCUGUGUAUUCAGAAGUAUCUCUUUGAAAAUGGGCGAGUAGAUGACAUCUUCUCGGAUCUCUACUAUAUUCGCUUCACUGAAUGGCUGCAUGAGGUUCUCAAGGAUGUACAGCCUCGUGUUUCCCCGCUUGGUUAUGUCCUCUCCAGUCACGUAACGGAAGAGAUGCUGUGGGAGUGUAAGCAGCUGGGAGCUCACUCCCCUUCCACCUUGCUCACUACACUGAUGUUUUUUAAUACAAAAUACUUCCUGUUGAAGACAGUAGACCAGCACAUGAAGCUGGCCUUCUCCAAGGUAUUGAGGCAGACCAAGAAGAACCCUUCCAAUCCCAAGGACAAAAGCACGAGUAUCCGCUAUCUGAAGGCUCACGGUGCACACCAGACAGGCCAGAAAGUUACAGAUGACAUGUAUGCAGAGCAGACUGAGAAUCCAGAGAACCCCCUGAGGUGUCCGAUAAAGCUGUAUGACUUCUACCUCUUCAAAUGCCCCCAGAGUGUGAAAGGCCGGAAUGACACGUUUUACUUGACUCCGGAGCCAGUGGUGGCCCCCAACAGCCCUAUCUGGUAUUCCAUCCAGCCGAUCAGCAGAGAGCAGAUGGAGCAGAUGCUCACCCGGAUCCUGGUGAUACGAGAGAUUCAGGAAGCUAUUGCCGUAGCUAAUGCCAGCACCAUGCACUAAGGCAUCCUUCUUGGCUCAGAAGGGGUGGGGUGGGGUGACGGGGGAGGGACAAGCAAAGAAUUGUACAGACUUUUACACUAAAGGAGAUGCCUAAGUUUUUGGUUUUUUAUUGGUGUAGCUAUGAAGCCCUUUUAGGCUUCUUCUCUUUAAAAGAAUCUAAAGGAAACCUACCCAUUGUGUAUCCUACCCAACACACCAAACUGUUGGAAUCAUUGGAGGCUGCAUAUCCCCUGCAAGCUGGGAGCUGUGGAAAGCUGCUGGUUGACUCUGAUUUUUUUUAUGAUGUAGAAAAUAUGAACUACAGGAUUGGCCUGGAUGACUGGGGCCUCUGUCUCCUUGGAGCACGUGCAGCCUAGAGGGCACAGAAUGAUGGAUGGACCUGCUCAGCCAGUGGAAGAGAGGCAGGCAUCUUCUUUUCUUGUGCUUGGACAUUAAUUUGCUGUUAUCUUGGAAGGAAGAGGAGAGAGUGAACUACAAUUGUCAUUUAUACAAAGAAAAAAAACAAUGAUUUCUAUUCAGACCUUUAAGUGACAUUUUUAGAUGUUAAAAGUACAAACUUUACCACACUCUUCUUUUUUGGCCUAAUACUGAGGCCUUAAACCUUGAGGCUCCUGUGCCUGAUGGAAUUCUUGUAACAUACACUUGUGUAUCAUAUAAAGAUACCACCCUGUUUCUCUUAUGUAUUCUUACUCUAGUUGUUUAUUAAGAAUGAUGAGCACGUCUUUUCAACA